CGAGGACCCGCAAUAUACUUACCCUGUGCCACACUCUCGUACACUCAAGAACCGCAGUUCAAACAAGUCGCAAACACGCUCACACUGGCCACCAAGGCUGCCUGGAUCUAGUAUGUAGUCCAAUGCACUGCAAUGGCUGUGAGCUGGAUCGAUACGCAGCCUCCUCACUCUUCUCGGCACUGGAAAUCUUCAAAAAUGGGCAAAGGUGAUCCUAAAAAGCCAAGAGGUAAAAUGUCCUCGUAUGCCUAUUUUGUGCAAACCUGCCGGGAAGAGCACAAGAAGAAACACCCAGAUGCUUCAGUGAAUUUCUCAGAGUUCUCAAAGAAAUGUUCAGAAAGGUGGAAGACUAUGUCCGCUAAGGAAAAGGGGAAAUUUGAAGAUAUGGCACGAGCUGACAAGGUUCGUUAUGAAAGAGAAAUGAAAACCUAUGUACCCCCAAAAGGAGAGUCAAAAAAGAAAUUCAAGGAUCCAAAUGCACCAAAGAGGCCUCCUUCAGCAUUUUUCUUAUUUUGCUCUGAGUAUCGUCCAAAAAUCAAAGGAGAACAUCCUGGUCUUUCCAUUGGGGAUGUUGCAAAGAAACUUGGAGAGAUGUGGAAUAAUACAUCUUCUGAGGAUAAACAGCCUUUUGAAAAGAAGGCUGGUAAACUGAAGGAGAAAUAUGAAAAGGAUAUUGCUGCAUACCGAGCUAAGGGAAAGCCUGAUACAGCCAAAAAGGUAGCUCCUAAGCCUGAAAAAAGCAAGAAAAAGAAAGAAGAGGAAGAUGAUGAUGAGGAUGAUGAUGAUGAUGACGAGGAAGAAGAGGAAGAAGAAGAGGAGGACGAGGAGGAAGAAGAUGAUGAAUAAGUCUUUUAGAUCAGAUUUUCUUGUCUAUAAAAGCAUUUAACCCCCCUGUACACAACUCACUCCUUUUAAAGAAAGGAAAAAAAUUAAGCAUAAGGCUGUGUAAGAUUUGUUUUUAAACUGUACAGUGUCUUUUUUCCUUUUUCUUUUUUUGUAUAGUUCAAAACUACCAAAAAUGUCUUUUGGUAGACUUGUCCUUUAGUGGUAUCUCAGUGGCCACUAAUGUUGCCUAGUACAGAAUGGGGGUUGUAAAUUGGCAUGGAAGUUUAAAGCAGGUUCUUGUUGGUGCACAGCACAAAUUAGUUAUACAUGCAGAUGUAGUUUAUUAUUCAUCUUGAGUUGUCUGCCUCAUAAAAUAAUAGUUGUUCUGUUAACGAAAUACCACUCUGUAAUUGCAAAAAAAAAGAGAAAAAAGUUGUAGCUGUUGACAUUCUGAUUGCUUCUAAGUAAAUACAUUUUUAAAAAAAUUAGUAUUGUUGUCCUUUUAAUAGGUGCCCUUGUAAAGUCAACAUUUCCCCUUUUUUUCCCUCUGGAAACUUUAACUUUUUAUGUUUUUGCCCAUUUGGGAUCACGUCAGAAUUUUGUCUCUUCAUGUAAUAAGUUGAUAGAAUGAUAACAAGAGCUUUGAGCAACAUGCCCUAUAUAAUCAUGAUAGGGUAGGAAAUAAAUAUAUACCGGAAUAUGCAAAACAUGUUUUUCCCCAUGUAACUGGUCACAAUAAAAAAAAUGUUCUUAACCAAUUUGUAUUUGCUCAGCUUUUGCUAUGUACAAUAUUCUACUGAGUUGUAUAAAUUUGCCAGUUUUGGAAGGAUGAGAAUUAGAAUACCAUUUUUGUGGCAUGAAGUACUUCCAGGAGAAAAAUAAUUUAGGAUACUUCUGCAACCACUACGUAUAUUCUCACUUUGAUCUGCAAGGAAUUUACAUGUAUGACUUCAUUGGCUAGUAGUAAAUUGAAUUUGCAAAUACUUUAAUAAAGAGGAGAGUACUCUAUUUAAGCAGGUAAAGUUAAAUACUAAAUUACUGUAAUCCUUUUAGGAUACCAUGUCAAGUGAUGAUUGUGGGCUUUAUGCCAUGGAUACUCCUGGUAGUAAACCUCCCACAAUAAAAUACUUUACUUUGCUAAUGUUUUUUAUAAGUGAUACCAUUGAUUGAUUUGUAUAAAUUCAUGUUUUCAAUCCACUAGUUUUAGCCCAUUUUCAAAAUUUUGUAUUGUCUCAAAUUAAAAUGAGAUGUAUCUUUUUCUGUUAUCUUUUAUAACAUUUUUGAUGUCUGCCCAUUUUGUAAGUUAAAAUAGCAGUGGGGGGGGAGUACAUUUUUUCCAUUUAGCUGUGAAAUAUAACAUGGUAUUCCAACAACUUCUGAUUUGAUAAAAUAUAGAUUGCUUUGAAAACCAAAGUUAAAUUUUUUGCAUUUUCAAUAAAAAUGCUGGCAGUUAUGAACUCGGCUGAAUAAUCUGGGGAUUGAUUGAGAAUUCUGUAGUUAUGAAAUAAUGGUGCCAGUGUUUAAAAAAUAGCAUUCUUGUAAUUUUACACACUUUUUUGAUGGAGUAUUGUUUUGUUAUACAAUUUUGACUUAAGAUUCUUACUUCAAUUUUGCAUUUGUUUAUGUAUAACCUCAGGAGAAUAUUGAACAUCUGAUUUCCUGGUUGAUACUAAUAAAAUAAUAAUUACAGAGG